AUGGAAGUACACCUGCAUGCUAAUAUCAUCAGCACGAUGUCGUCAAAAACCAACUUCAUGAGCGCCGGAAACCAGACCCAACAGUCCGGAAACCGUUCGCAAACGGGCGCUAGCUCGAAGUCACAAAAAGAUCCGACCUCUGGCUGGAGUGUCGAGGAAAUGCUUGAGACUGGACUCGAUCAGAACGGCAACAUUGUCUCGGACGAUUAUUCCUGGAUUGACGGCCGUCGACUAAAUAAGGGCCAACACGGCGGCCAAGAGGCCGAUGAUGUUGCCGCUUCGCUUGAUGAGCAUUUCGCUUAAAGCGACAUAGGUCGAAUUGUGAGGUGAUUACAAACUGCGCCUCGGUUUAUGACAGGUUGGUGCUUUUCGUUCCUUCAUUCUUAGGAUUGGAGUCCAUGUCGCUAUCGCUACCGCACUAACCGAUGGAACGAGUUUGACUAUGU